AGGGCGGCGGUGACGCCAUGACGCACGGCGGCGACGCGAUGACGUCAGGCGGCGGGGACGGUGACGCCAUGACGCAAGGCGUGCGAUGACGCCGGCGGUACGGGACCGCGACGCGCUGCUGCGGGUCAACUUUCUGCAUCAGGCAGCCCACCUGAUGUUGGCGACCAACCCAGGGCAGCCGGGCCUGAUUCGCUUCCUCUCCCACACCCAGCGCAGUGUCUGCCGCCGGCUGGUGCUACGGCGGGACCCGUCAGUGAAACGCUGCGUAUGCAAGAAAUGCUUCUCUCUCCUGGUGCCAGGAAUCACUUCCAAAGUCAGGCAAAGAAAACGUCAGCAGCGUUUCACCACAGUCACCUGCGUCGCUUGCGGCACCAGCAAAAAGUUUCUGAAUCGUCCCGACUACUGUCUGUGGGUCGAUAAAGAGGAGGCACAGCUGAGCGUGGAGAAGGCAGACAAGCCCAGUGUCCAUCGGUCUGCGGAGACUAAUGUGGAGGCCACGUCUGCCCGCAGCUCGCAAGAGAAGUGUCUUGGAGUGAAGGAACCUGGUGAUAUGUCGACCUGUGACCCUGUCCGGUGAUACAGUGAUCCUCACCCCCAAUAAACAGCCACUCUGUACC